AUUUUGACUUUUGACAGCCGGUUUUUUCUGUCAUUUUAAUUCAUCCAUUUUGUGCUGUCGCACGUGAAGAUCAAAGUGCUUGAAUAGAAAAAAAACCGAAAAAAAUGUUGUCAGCGGCACGGGCCAUUAGCAGAAAAGCCGUCGAUUGUUCAAAAUUAAGUUUCGAAAAAAGCGGAACCAAAAAUUUCAGCCAUAUUUUAAAUAAGAGAUACCCACUGUACUCUUUAAGUCCUAAAUAUGACAGUCAUUUACGAAACAAAUCUGAAGGAGUUAAAGGUGCCGUUAUCGGUAUUGAUUUGGGUACCACGAACUCCUGCGUGGCCGUCAUGGAAGGUAAACAAGCCAAAGUAAUUGAAAAUGCAGAAGGUUCCAGAACCACACCUUCAGUGGUUGCUUUUUCAAAAGAUGGAGAACGUCUGGUUGGUAUGCCCGCUAAACGGCAGGCAGUCACUAACUCAGCCAACACAUUUUACGCCACAAAACGUCUGAUUGGAAGGCGAUUCGAAGACGAUGAAGUUAAGAAAGAUAUGAAAACACUUUCAUACAAAAUCGUGAGGGCUUCGAAUGGCGACGCUUGGAUUCAGGCCAGCGACGGCAAAAUGUAUUCCCCCAGCCAGGUAGGAGCGUUCGUUUUGGUCAAAAUGAAGGAAACCGCCGAGGCUUACUUGAACACCAAAGUCAAGAACGCCGUUAUCACCGUUCCGGCUUACUUCAACGAUUCCCAACGUCAGGCCACCAAAGAUGCUGGUCAGAUUUCGGGUCUGAACGUAUUGAGGGUCAUCAACGAACCAACCGCGGCUGCUUUGGCUUACGGAAUGGAUAAAACUGAAGAUAAAGUUAUCGCGGUUUAUGACUUGGGUGGUGGUACUUUCGAUAUAUCCAUCUUGGAAAUUCAAAAAGGAGUGUUUGAAGUGAAAUCUACCAACGGAGAUACGUUCCUUGGCGGCGAAGACUUCGACAACAUUCUCGUCCACCACUUGGUGUCGGAAUUCAAAAAGGAGCAGGGCAUCGACAUCACUAAAGACCCUAUGGCUAUGCAGCGGCUGAAGGAAGCUGCCGAAAAGGCUAAAAUUGAGUUGUCGUCUUCCGUUCAAACCGACAUUAAUCUACCAUAUUUAACGAUGGACGCUUCCGGUCCCAAGCACAUGAAUCUCAAGUUGUCGCGAUCGAAGUUCGAGAGUCUCGUCGGGGAUCUAAUUAAGAGGACGAUCCAGCCCUGUCAAAAAGCUUUAAAGGACGCUGAAGUGUCCAAGAGUGAUGUAGGCGAAGUUAUAUUGGUCGGCGGUAUGACCAGGAUGCCGAAAGUACAAAGCACCGUACAGGAUAUAUUCGGUAAACAACCCAGUAGAUCAGUCAACCCAGAUGAAGCAGUUGCCGUUGGUGCCGCCGUACAGGGUGGUGUACUAGCUGGCGACGUUACUGACGUCCUUCUCCUCGAUGUCACUCCACUAUCUUUAGGUAUCGAGACCCUAGGAGGUGUUUUCACCAGGUUAAUCAAUAGAAACACCACAAUCCCAACCAAGAAGAGUCAGGUCUUCUCUACCGCCGCAGACGGUCAAACCCAAGUCGAAAUCAAAGUCCAUCAAGGUGAGCGCGAAAUGGCCGGCGACAACAAACUUUUGGGCCAAUUUUCUUUGGUCGGCAUCCCUCCAGCACCAAGAGGCGUACCCCAAGUCGAAGUCACCUUCGACAUCGACGCCAACGGCAUCGUCCACGUCUCGGCCAGGGACAAGGGUACAGGCAAGGAACAACAAAUCGUAAUCCAAUCUUCCGGCGGGCUCAGCAAGGACGAAAUCGAAAACAUGGUCAAGAACGCCGAACAGUAUGCCAAACAGGACAAGGUCAAGAAGGACAGAGUGGAAGCUGUUAACCAGGCUGAAGGUAUAAUUCACGAUACGGAAACGAAAAUGGAGGAGUACAAGUCGCAAUUGCCGCAAGAGGAGUGCAACAAAUUGAAGGAGGAAAUUACCAAAGUUAAGGAUUUAUUGGCGAAGAAAGACGAGACCGAUCCGGAAGAAAUACGUAAAGCGACGAGUACGUUGCAACAGUCGUCGUUGAAGUUAUUUGAAAUGGCGUACAAAAAGAUGGCGGCGGAAAGGGAAAGCAGUAGCGGCAGUGGCCAGCAGACGGAUCAACAACAACAACAACAACAACCCGACGACAAACAGCAGUCAGAUGAGAAACAGAAGAAGGAAGAAAAGAAUUAAACUCUGCGCCGCUUCUUUAUCGUUUACAAUUUAUACAAAACAUUCUAGUGUAAAUACCAAACAAAUAACGUGAUGUACUUUCGUCGAGGGUUGCGGAUUUUUUGUAGUGCUGCCGCCUUCAAGACGGGAAGUUUUUCUCUUUUUUCCGAGAAAGAUUCGUAAAAAUUGCGGUUUGGCAUCUAUGUAGCAAUUUUUCAUUUUUCGACGGGAGAUUCGAAAUUUAUAAAACUUCCAAACAUGGGACUGAUCGACGCUCUGAAAGCUUUUGGAUGAACGGAUGGAUGAAUGAAUGUCAAAUGUAUGAAUCGUAGGUAAACAGUUAUAUGUCGUGUUUCAUAGUUUUCACUAUUUUUACGAGAUGUGUUAUGAGUUUCUGUUAAUUAAAUAUAAUAAAUUUCUUAUAAAAAUCGAAAAAAA